CCUCAGUGGGCUGCAGUGUGACCCUGUGCUUUCUUCCCGCAGUGUCAGAGCUUCAGGAGGAGGGCAUGAACGCCAUCAACCUGCCCCUCAGCCCCAUCCCCUUCGAGCUGGACCCUGAGGACACGAUGCUGGAGGAGAAUGAAGUGAGAACGAUGGUGGAUCCCAACUCACGCAGCGACCCCAAACUUCAAGAACUGAUGAAGGUAUUAAUUGACUGGAUUAACGAUGUUUUGGUCGGAGAACGAAUCAUUGUGAAAGACCUGGCUGAAGACUUAUACGAUGGCCAAGUCCUGCAGAAGCUUUUCGAGAAACUUGAGAGUGAGAAGCUGAACGUGGCUGAGGUCACCCAGUCAGAGAUUGCUCAGAAGCAAAAGCUGCAGACUGUCCUGGAGAAGAUCAAUGAAACCCUGAAGCUUCCUCCCAGGAGCAUCAAGUGGAAUGUAGACUCUGUUCAUGCCAAGAGCCUGGUAGCCAUCUUGCAUCUGCUGGUUGCUCUCUCCCAGUAUUUCCGGGCACCAAUCCGACUCCCGGACCACGUUUCCAUCCAAGUGGUUGUGGUCCAGAAACGAGAAGGAAUCCUCCAGUCUCGGCAAAUCCAAGAGGAAAUAACUGGUAACACAGAGGCUCUUUCCGGAAGGCAUGAACGUGACGCCUUUGACACCUUGUUUGACCAUGCACCAGACAAGCUCAACGUGGUGAAAAAGACGCUCAUCACUUUUGUGAACAAGCACCUGAAUAAACUGAACCUGGAAGUCACGGAACUGGAAACCCAGUUUGCAGAUGGAGUGUACCUGGUGCUGCUCAUGGGGCUCCUUGAGGGCUACUUCGUGCCCCUGCACAGCUUCUUCCUGACCCCGGACAGCUUUGAACAGAAGGUCUUGAACGUCUCCUUUGCCUUUGAGCUCAUGCAAGAUGGAGGAUUGGAAAAGCCAAAACCACGGCCAGAAGGGUGCGAGCGCGAUGUGACCGGAACGCAGAGAGAAAGGGUGUGCUACUAGGAUAUCGUCAACUGCGACCUGAAAUCCACACUGCGGGUGUUGUACAACCUCUUCACCAAGUACCGGAAUGUGGAGUGAGGGGCAGACUGGACCGUCCCCCGAGCCGCCUUAACCUGCUUGUUCCUGUCUCCUGCUCUGUGCUCUUCCCUAAGUCCAGCUGUGACCCAGAGACCGUGGGAACUGAAAUUAGGAAGGAAGUGAUCAGUAACUCAGUGGGCUGACUCACACCUCCCAGGCUCUGAGGACUGACCCAGCAGUGGCUGGUGAAGGUUGUCCCCAUCCUGGUGCUAGGUCCAGAUUUUCCUGUGUGAUUUGGGAACCAGCUUAAGCACAAGGGACCACCCUCCCCCCAACCAGAAGAUGAAAAUAAAGAUAAUAGUUACCAUUUAAUGGGUGUAACCUGUGGGCUGGGCACCAUGCCAAGUGCUCUGACCUGCUCAACUCGUGAAUACUCAUGACUCCCACUGAAGCAUAUGUUAUCAGCCCCUUUGACAGAUAAGGAAACUGAGGCUUAGAGGUUACAUAACUUGCCAGAAGUUGCCACUUGUUUUUCUUCUUUGAAUAUAUGUUAAUAAGUAGCCCAUCACAUAACAUUCUCUGCACGUUCUGUAGUUGUGUGUGUGUCCACCUGCACCCUCCAAGAAGCCAGAAGCCCCCUGAUCUCACCACCAGGCAGACUAGGUCAGGGCUCAGUGGUUCACAGUAAAACUGGCAAAUCAAAUUUAACCCAGUUAAUAGUAUGUGUGUGGCAGGAGCCAUGUCCCUUAACUCCUUUGUGCAGAUGACAAUUAUCCUUAAUUCCUUCAGAUUUGUAAUAACCCCUUACUCUGGUUUCAGAGUGACAUUUGGGAAGGAUUGUGUUUAAAAUUAAUGGAGUGGCACAUUUUGCAGCCUUUUUGCUUGAUUGCAUGUAAUGGAAGUGCCCUAUAUUUUCCUACAAAGUAAGUACUCGAUUCAUUAUCGUUAGGCAAAUGUACAAUAUACCCGGGCACCGCAGAGAGCUGGGCGCGGGCCCAUGUGAGCAGGGCUUGGGAAGUGGGGCUCUUCAACAGGGACCCUUGAGCUUUAAAGAAAGGAACUCCUUUUUGCCCUCUAAUUGAUCAUUUAGACCAUUUCUGGCUAAGUCUGCCCACAUGCAAUUACUGGCUAAUUCAGGCGAGGAAAAAUGUAAGUUAUUUAGACCCAAGCUGAGUGGUUUCCUUGCGUGGGUUACCCGCGGGCUCAUGGUUACAUGGGUCCCCUCUGUGUGAACCCAACUUUGGUAUACAGGGCUCUUGUCCUGCGGGGAUAGGAAGGGGGCUGAAGUGGGGGUGACUAGGAGGACAAGCGGCGUGGGGCAAAUACUUGCACAUUCCAUGUGCUCCAUAGGGAUGGGCUGAUGGUACCUAAUACUUGUGCUCAUGAGUUGACCAAGCCGUGGGAUAACUAGUAACGUGUAUUGAUAAUAUAUCCGCAUCACAGAAUUUUCCUAAAUAUGCCAGGUAGACACCAGCCUGUGUCCCGCCUCCAGAAUGCUUUGUCACUACUGGAGGCCCAGUCGUGCAAAGCCCAUUUGUAGUUUGAGGAAUUCAUUUUGGCCUCUGUCUACACCACCAGCCAGAGCGAGGCCUCCCAUCGUGUCUAAAACAUUCCUUCCAGCUUCGCCUCACGUCUGACUCCACAGUCCAGCUGCAGUAGCUCAGAACCCACGCGAUUUAGAUGCACUGCCUGUUUCUGCAGAGAUUUUUCUCCAAAAAGGAAUUAUUACUCAGCAUAAUGAGCAUUUAAGAUACAAAGAAAAUGUACUCUCGUGUCAAUUUAUGUAAAAGAAUACAAUUCGUUUUUACAUAAUUAGUGAAGUAUUUCGUUUUUCAUUAGGAAACACUAGAUACCAUGAUAUUUGUUUGCUCUCUUUUAAAUUCCUAAUACCAAAUCAACGUAGAUAACUGCUUUGUCUCCUUGAGCAAUACUAAAGAGGGAUGAAAUAAGAGGACUGUGUUCAUUUAAACAGGCUUUGCUGUAAGAGGUUUGUCUUUUGUUUUUUCCUUAUAUUCAAGCUGUAAAUGGAGAGUGGACAAGUGGCCUUAUUCAGGGCACUCCUUUCUAUAUUUUAUGUGUACACUGUAAUGAAAACACCUCAGAACCCUUAGAAAGUUUUCCAUAACAAGUCUAAUUUAUCAGAAAAGUGUUUUGAGACCGAGAUCUUUGCCUUUAGUCCAGAAUCCCAGGGCCUGGGCCUGGUUUUAUAACCCUAUCGUCUCAUUUAGACACUUUCCUUUAGAUUCUGGAAUCUCCUGCUUAAUACAUGAAGCGGGGAAAAGCAUCAGAAAAUAAAUAAGCCAAACUUAACUCUCAGCUCUUUUAAAAGGAAAAAAAAAAAACCGAGAAAAGAAUCAAGUCUCUAGGCUCACUGGGUCCUUUUGUCCUUUCUGCUCUUUUCUAAAUUGAAAUUCAUUGAUAUUUUUAAUAGUUAUAAAUGGUGCAAAAUUAAAAAAGCAUAAAUGGGUAUCUAGUGAAGAACCUCAUCUCCCUCUCUCCCCUCCCCCAGCAGCCAAUUUACCUGUCCCGAGAAGCAGCUAUUUUGAUAUGUUUUAUAUUUACUUCCAGAGAUACCCUGGCCAUAUAAAGCAUCAGCAGACAUAUAAAAUCAUUUUUUAACAUAAAUAGCAUAGUAUACAUACUAUCAUGCACACUGCUUUUUUCACUUAAUGUUCUAUCAAGGAGAUUAUUUUACACUGGGUAUUAAAACUUCUUACAUUUUGAAACGA